AUGGACGCCAUGAUAAUUUGUCUUUUGAAUCCUUUUUCUCUUUCUUUUUCAAAUUUAACACCUUUUUCUUUUUUUAUUCAUUUUGAUUCAAUAUUCAUUCCUUUUCCAUUUUUCUUCUUUUAUCCAUCUUUUUUUAUUUUCUCUUUCUCUUUCUUCAAAUUCAAUCUCUUUUUCUUUCUUAAUCAUUCUGAUUUAAUAUUCAUUCUUUUUCUCUUUCUCUUUCUUCAAAUUAAUUCCUACUUCUUUCUUUUUCAUUUUGAUUCAUUAAUCAUUCUUUUUCUUUCUCCCGAUUCUUUUUCAAAUUCAAUCCUUUUUCUUUCUGAUUCUGUUAUUCAUUCCUCUUUCCUCUUUCUUCUUCAAAUUAACCCCUUUUUAUUUAUUCAUUCAUUCGGAUCUAAUAUCCAUUCUUUUUCUUUUUUUAUUUUGUCCUUCUUGAAAUUGCAGCCAUUUUUCUUUCUUAUUCAUUCUGAUUCAUCAUCCCUCUUUCUUUCUUAUUCAAUUUUCAUUCUUUUUUCUUCAUCUCAUUCUCCGUCUUCAAAUUUAACCUCUUUUUUCUUUCUUAUUCAUUCUGAUUUAAUAUUCAUUCUUUUUCUUUUUCUCCUUCUCUUUCCUCAAGACCAAUCCUUUUUUCUUUUUUUCCUUCUCCCCCCUCUCUUCAUCCUCAGUUCUUUCUUUUCUCCCUUUUCUCUCUCAUCAUCUCUUUGCAUGUCUGUAUGGGUGAAGUGCAAUACAUUACUUCCUGCUAUUUCCAUUCUGCACAGGCUUCAAUUUCUCUGUUUUUCUCUCCCGGCUUUUCUUAACUCUCUCCCUCAACCCUCCUUUGAGUUGGCUCGCAACCAACUGUUCCUACUUCCAUUAAUCAAUAAACCUUCUUCAGUUUGUGCAUCUAUCUAUCUAUCUAUCUAUCUAUCUAUCUAUCUAUCUCAGUCUCUUCAUUUCUUUCUAUCUAUCUAUCUAUCUAUCUAUCUAUCUACCUCAUUUUGUCCAUAUCUAUAUAUCUUCCUCUAUUUCCUGUUCAAAUCUAUCUAUCUAUCUAUCUAUCUAUCUAUCUAUCUAUCUAUCUAUCUAUCUAUCUAUGUUAGUCCAUUCAUAUCUAUCUAUCUAUCUAUCUAUCUAUCUAUCUAUCUAUCUAUCUAUCUAUAG